AUGCGGUCUCUCGUUGUCAUUUUCGCGUCGAUUUGUUUUUGUCACGGAUUCCUGCUCGACGGUUCGACCAACUCGUACUCGCAAUUCCGCAAAUGGGGCGGCGGCACAAACGGCAGCUUGGAGUUCGAAUUCAAGACUGACCAACCCAACGGCCUGCUACUUUAUACCGACGACGGAGGAACCUAUGACUUCUUUGAGAUCAAACUUGUGGAAGGAGCUUUAAGAAAUAAACGGACUCUGGGAAUACCGCGAAACGUGUUUGAUAUGAGUUUGUCACUAGCGGCAGUUAUUAAAAACUGGGAUGAUAGAAUUCAUAAAUUACAGAAUACUACUAUAUUAGGCCGGAGCCUAAACGAUGGCCAUUGGCACAAAGUGCACGUGCAGCGUCACGAAGAGCGCACCAUCUUGACGGUGGACGGCGUCAAUCAGAUGCGAACUUCGCGCGGCAAAGAGUUCAAUUUCGGGCGGUUUUCCACGAACUCGGACGUGUUCGUGGGCGGUAUGCCCACGUGGUACAACACCAAGUUGACCCUGUUGGCGCUGCCCAGCGUGAUUUUCGAGCCGCGCUACCUUGGAUCCGUGAGAAAUUUGAUUUAUCCUGAUGUGGAGGGAGGGGCACCCAGAAGGCAGGAGACCAGGCCCAAGGAUCACAGGGUAAGUUUCAAGUUGUUUUGGUAUGCUCAUUCUAGAAACUAUAUACAGGAUGGUAAACUGUUUUUAAAAGGUUUUUAA